CUUAAUUCUAUUAUUAUUAUUCACUUAUUUCAAAUUGUUCAAGAACUGGUGAUUAGUGAUAAAUUUUCCAUCAGUGAUAAUUUUGAGUUUUUGGGUUUUUUUGAUUCAAAGGGCAAUAAUGAAUGGGGAAAUCUCAAAAUCACUGUCUUUGGAGAAUGCUAAGGAGCUUCUUAAUUCUGUUGAUGCAUUUCUCUUCGAUUGCGAUGGUGUGAUUUGGAAGGGGGAGAAAUUGAUUAAUGGGGUUCCCGAGACACUCGACUUGCUUCGCUCUCAUGGUAAGAAGCUGGUAUUUGUAACAAACAACUCAACAAAAUCAAGAAAGCAAUACGCCAAGAAGUUCCAUUCCCUUGGAAUUCCUGUUAAUGAGGAUGAGAUAUUUUCGUCUUCAUUUGCUGCAGCAAUGUAUCUGAAAGUCAAUGACUUUCCAAGAGAAAAGAAGGUUUAUGUCAUAGGUGAGGAAGGCAUACUGGAAGAACUGGAGCAAGCUGGAUUUACAGCACUAGGUGGCCCGGCAGAUGGAAAGAAGAAUAUUGAACUGAAAUCUGAUUGUCUCUUCGAGCAUGAUAAGAGUGUUGGAGCUGUUAUCGUUGGACUUGACCAAUAUAUCAACUUUUAUAAACUACAGUAUGGAACUCUUUGCAUCCGUGAGAAUCCUGGUUGCCUUUUCAUCGCGACCAACCGUGAUGCAGUGGGACAUUUAACUGAUCUUCAAGAGUGGCCUGGUGCGGGAUGUAUGGUUGCUGCAAUAUGCGGAACAACCCAAAAAGAGCCUAUUACAGUUGGGAAGCCAUCGACUUUUCUGAUGGACUUUCUAUUGCUAAAGUAUAACAUCACUACAUCCAGGAUGUGCAUGGUGGGUGACAGAUUGGACACUGAUAUUCUAUUUGGACAAAACGCCGGGUGUAGAACUCUCCUGGUAUUUUCAGGUGUAACAAAUGAAUCAAAUUUUCAAGAUUUAUCCAAAGAAGUUAAACCAGAAUACUAUACCAAUUCAAUAGCUGACAUGCUCAAUUAUCUCUAGAUUGAUGUGUUAAGCAUUCUUUGCAAACAGCAAAAGCUGCCUGCCCAUUGUUUUGAAACAAGCAAAUUAAGAGGGUAACAAAUUACCUUCUUACUAUGAAAGAAAUAUGAGAACACAGAAGAAAGAAAUAAGAAAGCAUUACACCUUUGUUUGGAUUGUUGUUACCCGUUGUAUUGUAUUGUAUUGUUAGUUUAAUUACAAUGUUUGUUUUGAUUGUUAUUUAAAUUGUAUUGUAUCGUAUUGUUUAAAUUCAUUGUUAAGUAAUAACAAAAAGUCUUAUUUUAUGUUACGACUGUUUUGGUGUGA